AUGCCUCCGGCUAAGAAAAAGGCAAAGUUAGAUCCCAAAAGGGAUGGAUUGGCAAGUCCCAAAGGCGGGAAAAAAGGGGGAUGGGGAAAAAAAAAGGAGACUGAAGUCAAUUAUAAAGGUCCUAUGGAAAUCGACCCCAGAGGACUUGAAGAAGUCUACAAGAAUUUUGCUAUCGAGGGACAUGACAAGAAUCUCAGAAAAGCCCAGACAAAACUACGCCACUACGUUCGCGAUGUCUACAAAAAGUACGUUACUAGACCGAUGAAAUUCAGCUCACCAAGAAAUCGAGCAAACCUUCGACGAUUAGUUGUAGAAAAGCUACGCGAGGCGCCAGAUUGGGUCCAGAAAAGAUAUGACCAAGAGAAGACGAUCGAGGGGAAAAAUGUCCUGCGUCAAACUCUGUACAGAAUUGCUCAGUUCAAACAUCAGCACUGGGACCAUGAAGAUGAGCUUGAAAAAACACCGAGAACCAAACGUUUUGCGUCGGAAGCACCAGAGACACCAACUUCUUUAGAUCGAGAAUUUUUAGACGACGGGUCAGCACCAGCAGACGACGAUGACGUGGAGGAGGAGAGAAAUUACAAACCCUCUCAUCGGGCGUCUUAUAGGUCCCCUUCUGAUAGAUCGCUAUCGCCAUCGCCAUCGCCAUCAGCCGGAACUGGCCGUAACACAAGUGUUACUGACGAUGAUGAACCUGAAGUUCCACGUAGUCCUGGAAGCGAGUCCACAACAAGCUCUGAGGGUAGUUGUAACACGGGAUCGAAAGGGGAUUUAACAGACGAUUCUGAGCGAGAGUAUCCAGAAAAAGACGGUUCAGAAAUAGAGGACUCUGAGCGAGAGAAUCCAGAAAGAGACGGUUCUGAAACAGAUGACGCUGGGCGAGAGGAUCCAGAAAACGGUUCUGAAACAGAGGAUUAUCCGGAUAAUGGAUAUGAGAGCGACGAUGAGCCCUCAGAUGAAUCUGAAGACGAUAGCCCAAAGAAUCGACCGCGUGACAAACGACCAAUCUUUGAUCAUAACCGGCCUUCAAUGACCCCAAAUGCCGAUCUCGACAUCAUUCGAGCCUCGCACCCACGAAGACCAAUUUCAAUUAGACUCAAUGAUCUUCUGCCCGAUCCAAAUAAUCCAGAACAUCAAAGUAGUGAUGGUGAUUGGGUUGAUAUAUCUAAAAUAGACCUCAACGCAUUCAAACGACGAUUGGAAGAAGAGGAUGAUAUGUAUUUUCCAGAAGAGGACGAGAUCUGGUGUAGCUCUACCGCAUUGAAAGACAUCAAUAUUACCAAAAUUGAAGACCCACAAGAGCAUGAAAGUAGAGUUACCAAUAUAUCUAAGUUCACGGCAAUCAAGCGCUCCAUUGAGGCGCACUAUCAUAGUAUGCGCGAACAGUUGCCUGAGGCAGACGUAUCGGAGCUCCGCCGACCUGAUUUGACAAUUAUUAUCCGACAGAAAAAUGCCCAAGGACUGCGUAAGCCUCUAACGCUAUCGGAAAAUGGGAGUUCUGAUGAGGAACCUGAUCACGAGACCGACCCUGACACCAGCUCCAACGAUGGAUCAAAGCCCGAACACUCAGGGCUCAAAUCAGAGGCAGAGGACUCACAGUCAGAAGAUUCACAGCCAGGCUCAGACUCAGAUGAUCCAAGCUCAGACCCAGAGGUAGAAAAACUCCCGGACAUAAGCUCAGUCAGAAGCUCAGACCUAGACUCCGACCUAGACUCAGAGCCAGAGGAUCCAAGCCCAAACUCAGAGGUACAAAAAGACUUGGACACAAGCUCUAACACAAGCUCAGCCGGAAGCUCAGACAUAAACUCAGAGCCAGGGGAUCCAAACUCAGAUCUAGACUCAGAUCUAGGCUCAGAGCCAGAGGAUCUAAACUCAGAACUAGAGAAGAAGUUCCGACCUAGGCUCAGAGUUAGAGCCACAGGUAGAAAAAGACUCAGACAAGAGCUCAAGAAGAAGCUCAAGAAGAAGUUCAGACACAAGCUCAAGAAGAAGUUCGAGUCAGAGGUAGAGGAAGACUCAGACAAGAGCUCAGAACUCAGCGGCGAUGAGCAUACCCACUCACCGAAAAAUAGUCCAAUACAAGAACGUAAUGGUGAAUGGGUAGAUGGUAGUAAAUCAGAGUCAGAGACAGAGUCAGAGUCAGAACCCUAUUGGCAGAAGGGGCUUAUUCCAGGACCACAACCAGCGUUAAAUAAUGAAUUGUCUGAUAUUGAAACAGAUGAUGGUGACAGAGAGGGUUCCGACGAGGCUAGAACCCCCCAGACGGAUAGGUUAGGCAGUAUGUCUGAUACUGAUAAUGAUAAUGACCCUGGUUCUGAUAGUAAAUCAGAGUAUAGUGACGAGGAAGACCACGAGAAAACCGGGCCAGAUAAUGAGAAAGAGAACAGUCAAGGCACAAAACGAAAACUUUAUGGCUCAGAAAUCCACGAUGCGCUACAAAAUCGAGACGGAUUACUGUCUGGAGACGAGUAUGAGCUCGACACGUCAGUGGACUGGGGCAAAAUGGAAGCUUCCCCCAAAGACACUCACCUAGACAAGCGCCGGAGACUACAGAAAAAACAGCUCCAUGAUAUAAUUGAUAAUGAAGCAACUUUUAUGCCGACUCUGUUUCAACAUGAAAACCCUGAGCCACUCGAAGGACAUAAUUUUCCUGACUGGACUCGUCCUGAGGGCUUCUCUCCUAAUAAUACUGCCAAUCCAAGCCCAACAAGCGGCAAGCCUGCCAAUCUUAGAGCUGUCGAUGUGACUCAUGUCGGCAAAGUCCAGACACAUUUACCUCAAGGACGACUAGAUAAGAUUCUUCAUAGGCAUACACUUCGGUCCCGCAGGGAUGAAACGACGGAAAAGGAAGAGGAGGGAACAGAGGAGAUCAGACAGUUGCAAAAACAGCAAAAUUGGGAAGAUAAACUGGCAUUUGAAAUCUUUCAGGAAUUGGAAAACUUGUUAAAACAUAUCGACAGCGUUGAAUCAGAGAUUAAAGACCACACGCAAUCAGAUACGGAUGAAGCGAGAGACUCGUUAGAAACACUGGAAACAGAGCUCGGUACAAUCCAAGACAGCUGGAGGGCAACAGAGAAUAAACUAUAUGAGCAACUGGAGGCUAUCCGGCGAACAGAUGAUCAGAUUAGGGAGAAGGGAAUGAACCCUGACAAGGACCUCGAGGUAGAGAAGGAAGAAACAGAGGACGAAAGUGAGGACGGUGAAGAUGAUCAAGAUCAAGAUACUUCAGACGGCGAUACCAAAAGCUCGAAAAGCUCAGACAGCGGCUCAUCAGACAGCAGCUCAUCAGACGGCAGCUCAUCAGACGGCAGCUCAUCAGACGGCAGCUCAUCAGACGGCAGCUCAUCAGACGGCAGCUCAUCUAACGACAGCUCAUCAGACGACAGCUCAUCAGACGACAGCUCAUUAGACGACAGAUCAUCAGACGACAGAUCAUCAGACGGCGAAUCAUCAGACGAUGAUUUUCAGACAUCGCUACAUAAGCGCCGUCGAUCGGAAUCUGACAGUGACUCAUCAGACGAUAAGUCUAAGGCAUCUAUGUCUAAAUGCCGUCGAUUGGGAUCAGACCAUGGCUCAUCGGAUAGCGGCUCAUUAGGUGGCGGCUCGUCAGAUGGUGAAACCUCAGAUGGCUGCUCAUCAGAAGAUGAGUAA